UUGAUGCGUUGACGAUACUGAUGAUGAGUCUUCUUAACACAAAAAUUAGUCUUACUAAGGAAAGUACCUCAUUCAUUCCUUCUAUAUCCUCUCUCUCUCUCUCUCUGGUGAUUUGAUCACAAUCUCAGCUAAUUGAAACUUGUUCAGGUGAUUUUCUCCCUCUUUAACUGUUUCUUAAUUAUGCAUCAUUAUUUUCAUGCUAUUACUCAAACUAAUUCAAAACUUUUACUUCCUAGUUCAAUUCAAUCUGUAAUUAGUUUAACUUACUUUAUGAAUUUAGUAAUGUUAAUAGUAGUAAUUGUUAGUGAAAGUUUCAAAGUUAGUUAGAAUUUGUUCUUUUAGGUAGCUAGUUCAUUAAUUCUCAUUUAGCUAUAUAUAUUUUGGGCCUGUUUGAAUUGAGUUAUUUGAGUUUAUCCACUGACAUAAGUUUUGUGAGACUGUUAGAGACAACUUAUGAAAAUAACUUAUGAUAAUUUUCAUAAAAAUAUUUCAGCUUAUUUUCAUAAGUUCUCUGCAUAGAUUAUGAAAACAGCUCAUAACAUAUAUAUAAAAAAAUUAUCUUUAUUUUACGUUUUGCUAUAAAAUCAGCUUAUCUAAGCUUAUACAUAAGCACUUAUCAUGAUAAGUGUUUGUGCUAUAAGCUGCAAAUAAGUUGUUUAUCCAAACAUGCCCUUUGCAUACAUUUUACAUAUCUUUUGUCAAAAUGAUUCCUUAUGAAUUUUACUCCCAUUCAAGCUUUCAAAGCUCUUUUCACUCAGUUCCCCCAAAUUCUCAACAAAUAAACUAAAUCUGCACUUGAGCACAUUAAAUUAAGGAAUAAAACUACUCAACUAUCUAGUAUUUCGAUUAUUUUUAGUUACCAAAUCAUGCAAUUUCAGAGAAAGUUGUUUUCAAACAAAAAAUCAUGCAUUUUGAUUAAUCUAAAGUGUCACUGCUAAUUUGCUUUUGCAGGAAAAGUUUUGACUUCAUGGAAAGGAUGUCUUCAUCAUCUUCAUCAUCAUCAACCUUCAAUUUGAAUUCUCAUCAAUGGAAGUAUGAUGUGUUCAUAAAUUUCAGAGGGGAAGACACGCGCAAGAACUUGGUUUCACAUCUAUAUGCUGCUCUAUUAAACGCCGGAAUCAACACUUUUCUUGACGAUGAAAAGCUUAAAAAGGGAUGGGAAGUAGAGCCAGAACUAUUGCGAGCAAUUCAAGGUUCUCAAAUAUGCUUAGUUAUUUUCUCAGAACACUACACUCAAUCUAGUUGGUGUCUUGUUGAACUGGUGAAAAUCAUGGAACACCGCAGAAGUAAUAAUAAUGGUCCAGUGGUUAUACCCAUAUUUUACCAUGUUGACCCAUCUGUCGUUCGUCGUCAAGGGGGUGAUUUUGGAAAAGCUUUGGAAGCUAUUACCAAAAGAAUUCAACCAGAAAAAGAGAGGCAAGAACUUUUGCGGACGUGGAAGCGUGCUCUCAAUCAAGCUGCAAAUAUUUCAGGAUGGGAUUCCAGCACUUUCAGGAGUGAAAAUGAACUAGUGAAUAAAAUUGUUGACGAAGUUCGGAGAAAGGUGGAAAACACAUUCUUACCCAAUACGGAAUUCCCAGUUGGACUAGACUCCCGUGUGGACCAAGUGUUUAUGUCGAUUGAAAAUCAAUCAAGCAAAGUUUCUAUGGUAGGGAUCUGGGGAAUGGGUGGGUUGGGUAAAACUACCACAGCCAAAGGCAUCUACAAUAAAAUUCAUCGCAAAUUUGUCCAUAGAAGUUUCAUUGAGAAUAUUAGACAAACUUGCGAAUCAGAUAAAGGGUAUAUUCGGUUACAGCAACAACUUCUUUCAGAUCUCUUCAAAACAAAGGAGAAGAUACACAACAUUGCAUCGGGGACAGCUAUUAUCAACAAAAGAAUCUCUGAAAAAAAGGUGCUCAUUGUACUCGAUGAUGUGACCAAAGAACAGCAAGUUAAAGCUCUAUGUGGAAAUCCUAAAUGCUUAGGUUUGGGAAGUGUACUCAUUGUUACAACAAGGGAUGCACACAUACUUAGGAGACUUGAAGUUGACUGUGUCUGUACAGCAGAAGAAAUGAACGAAAACGAGUCCCUUGAGCUUUUUAGUUGGCAUGCUUUUAGAAGCGCGUCUCCAAGAGCAAAUUUCAGUGAACUCUCCCAAAAUGUAGUUAAUUACUGUGGAGGAUUACCCCUGGCUGUGGAAGUCCUCGGAUCUUACUUAUAUAAAAGGACAAAAGAAGAAUGGAAAAGUGUGCUAUCAAUAUUAGAAAAAAUUCCCAAUGAUGAAGUGCAAGAGAAACUGAGAAUAAGCUAUGAUGGUUUAACGGAUGACACGAAAAAGGCUAUAUUUCUUGAUGUAUGUUGUUUCUUUAUUGGCAAGGACAGAGACUAUGUUACCGAGAUACUAAAUGGGUGUGGACUUUUUGCUGAUAUUGGAAUUGCUGUCCUCAUAGAGCGGAGCCUUCUAAAAGUUGAAAAGAAUAACAAGCUUGGAAUGCAUGAUUUAAUAAGAGACAUGGGAAGAGAAAUUGUUCGUGAAAGUUCAAAAGAAGAUCCUGGGGAGCGUAGUCGGUUGUGGUUUCAGGAGGAUGUACAUGAUGUUUUAACAAAGAAUACGGGAACACAAAAAGUUGAGGGAUUGAUUUUGAACUUGCAAAGAAAAGGUAGAUAUAGCUUCAAUGCCAAUGUUUUCCGGCAGAUGAAGAACAUGAGACUUUUGCAACUUGAUUGUGUUGGCCUAACUGGAGAUUUUGGACAUCUUUCCAAACAAUUGAGAUGGGUCAAUUGGCAACGAUCUACCUUCAACUGUAUACCCAAUGACUUUUAUCUAGGGAAUCUAGUUGUUCUUGAAUUAAAAUAUAGCCAUAUUAAACAAAUUUGGAAGGAAACCAAGUUGUUGGACAAGCUAAAAAUACUGAAUCUCAGUCAUUCCAAGUACUUGAAAAGCACCCCUGACUUUUCAAAAUUACCGAAUCUAGAAAAGCUCAUUAUGAAGGAUUGUCCAAGUUUGUCCGAGGUGCACCCGUCCAUUGGAGUUCUUAAGAAUCUUCUUCUGAUAAAUGUGAAGGACUGUACAAGUCUUGGCAAUCUACCAAGGGAGAUCUAUCAGUUGAUAUCCGUGAAAACACUCAUUCUUGAUGGUUGUUCAAAGAUUGACAAAUUGGAAGAAGAUAUAGUGCAAAUGACAUCCUUGACAACUUUAGUUGCAGCAAAUACUGGCGUAAAACAAGCACCCUUUUCCAUAGUUAGAUCAAAAAGCAUUUUGUAUAUAUCCCUAUGUGGAUAUGAAGGAUUAUCACGUGAUAUUUUUCCUUCUCUCAUUUGGUCUUGGAUGUCACCAACAAUGAAUUCCUUACCACAUACUCCCCCCACUUCCUUGGAUGUAGAGAGUACUAAUGUGGUUUUGAGUUAUCAAUCAACAAUGCACAGUAGUUCUUCAGAAUAUAGAAGUGUUACGGUACAAUGCCAAUCGGCGAUUCAACUAAUUCAAAAAUUAAGUAGUUUUGUUGAUGGUCUAUAUGGUGCAAAGCUUACUGAAUCGGAAACAUCACAUGCAUCAGAUAUCUCGGAUCUUUCCUUGAAAUCUCUUUUGGUUACAAUGGGAAGUUGCAACAUAGUCGUCGAUGCUCUUGACAAGAGCUUAUCGCAGGGAUUGACAACCAAUGAUUCUAGUGAUUCUUUCCUUCCGGGUGACAAUUACCCUUCGUGGUUAGCUUAUAAAAGUGAAGGACCUUCAGUGCGUUUUCAAGUGCCCGAGGACAGUGAUGAUUGCUUGAAGGGAAUAACUUUUUAUGUUGUUUAUUCAUCUGCACCCGAAAACAUGGAACCUGAAUGUCUCACUAGUAUUUUGAUCAUUAAUUACACAAAAUUCACUCUCCAUAUACACAAGCGAGACACAAUAAUGUCAUCUAACGAUGAAGAUUGGCAGAAUGUUGUAUCAAAUUUAGCAGUUGGGGACAGUGUGGGGAUUUUUGUAGCUUUUGGACAUGGAUUGACCGUUAAGAAGACAGUUGUCUACCUAAUAUAUGGCCAGUCAAAGGCUAUGCAAAUUAAUCCAUCAAUUACUUUGGAAGUUGAACCAUCUAGUGAAAUUCAGAUGGAGCCAUUACCUGAAUUGGAAGUGCAACCAUCAUCUAAUGUGAAAAGGGAGCCACCACCUGAAGAUGAAGUUCAGCCAUCACCUGAUGUGAAGAUGGAGCCAUCACUUGUCGUCAAGAAUGAGCCAUUACCUGAACUGGAAGUGCAACCAUCGUCUAAUGUGAAAAGGGAGCCAUCACCUGAUGUGAAGAUGGAGGUGGAGCCAUCACUUGUUGUCAAGAAUGAGCAAUUACCGAAGAGAAAUAAAAAUAUAUUUGCAAGACUUUCAAAGAGAGUGGGAGAAUGUUUACGCUUGAACUAGAAUAUAGGCCUCAACAAUUUUUAAUUUGGCACACCUUUGUACUAAUUCACUGCCAAUAAAUGAAUUGGUCACUGGUCAUAAAUAAUGGUUGUUCUGACUUCUGUGUUAGCCAGUCAGUUCAGCAAAUAAGUAGGGACGGAGGGAGUAUUUUAUAAAUAAGUAAUUUUUUAUUUUUUUAUAA